GACUGUGCCCGUAUUAUCAUUUAUCAUACUAAUCUUUGGGACUCUGCUUAAAAUUCACUGUUCACUUUUUGUAAAUAUAUCCUAAAGAGUUUAACAAUUAACAGCGCUGUGGAGCGUAUUUACCAAGCAAAUUACCUAAUCUUGGAGGGUGUGGAUUGCGGGCGUCAAAUAUGCAUUUUUGAUUAAGAAGUUAUUACUUUUCAAAGUAAUGAUAAUUUAAAAAAUAGUUAAAGAAUUUAACUAUGUACAUAUAAAUUAAAAAAGAAAGAAAGAAGCAAAGAUGUUGUCUAAUAAGCGCUUAAUAGCUGUGUGUGGAAUAGUAUUUUGUUUCAAUAUUGUUCUACUUGUUUUAUUUGUACAAUAUAAUAUAGGUGAAAGAUGCUAUAUUUCAAUCGAAGAACAGCAAAAGGCGUUAGUUGAAAUUCCUGAUGGAUAUCUGAGUGUUGGAAUCGAUGCUUCGGAGAUUCAGAACUUUGACAAAAUUGAUUUCACCAAUAAAAGAUUCCUUAAUCUCGCUGCAGCACUUUCACCGGCUAGACUGCGUCUCGGAGGUACUAUGUCGGAACGUUUAAUUUUUAGUGCUGAAGAUAUUACACCUGUAUCAUGUGAACAUUGCCUGCACUCCCCAGCCACUAAAUCGGUAUGUUCAAGUCUGAAAAAGUUAUGCAGACACAAAUUUCUACCAUUCUUUAUAAUGACAGGACAAAAAUGGACAGAGAUAAAUAAUUUUUGUAAAUCUAGUGGUCUUAAAUUACUAUUCGCCUUCAAUGUAUUACUCCGUGAUGAACAUGAAUGGAGUCAACAAAAUGCUAUAGAAAUCCUUAAAUACUCUGCCCAGAGAAAAUUUGAUAUAGACUGGCAGCUUGGUAAUGAACCAAACUCAUUUCGACAUGUAUUCAAUAAAAGUUUAAGUCCACAGACAUUAGCACAUGAUUUUAUGAAACUUAGGAAGCUUCUCAAUCAUUCUGGAUAUAAUAACUCACUUCUUGUAGGCCCUGACACUACCCGCCCUCAACAGCGACAACCAAACUGCCUAAAAUAUAUGGUAGAUUUUUUAAGUAACGGAUCUCAGUAUAUAAAUGUCAGAUCUUGGCACCAGUACUAUUUAAACAGUAGAACAGCAAAAUUGGAAGACUUCUGGAAUCCUGAUACAUUUGAUAUGUUAAAUGAGCAAAUACAAACUAUGAAGGAUCACACUAAAAAGUAUGAGCAUAUUCCAAUGUGGCUCACUGAAACAAGCAGUUCCUAUGGAGGUGGGGCUCCUGGCCUCUCGAAUACAUUUGCUGGUACUCCGUUGUGGUUGGACAAGCUUGGUAUAUCUGCUAAGAAUAAUAUAACAACAGUUGUGAGACAAAGCUUCUACGGUGGUAACUACAGCCUCGUAGAUGAAAAUUUUGAUCCAUUACCAGAUUGGUGGGUAAGUGUACUAUACAAGAAGCUUGUUGGAAACAAAGUAUUACAUGUUUCAUGUCAGUGUUCACGCUAUCAGAGAGUGUAUGCUCAUUGCGCUAAUAGAAAAUAUACAAAUGAUUCAUCAGCUGUCACUGUAUAUGCAAUUAACCUUCAAAUGGAAAAGAUUAAAUUCUUACUCAAUGGUACAGCCUUACAUGGGGAUGACUUAGUUAUAGAUGAAUAUAUUCUUAGUGCCCCUUCUAAUAAUAGGAGAAGUAAAACAUUACUUUUAAAUGGAUGGCCAUUAUACUAUGAGUCUUCUGUGCCUGACUUUCAGCCACAUCAACACCUCUAUGGUAAUCAUAUAUCAAUGCCACCAUACUCAGUUGGAUUUUGGGUCAUAAAAAAUACUUCCAUUAAAGUAUGCCAGUGAUAUAGUUCUCCCAGUGCCAUUUAUUAAAUUAUAUCUUUGCAUUCCAGAUACACAGUAUCUAAAUCACAAAUCAUUUACAGUGAAUCUUGUUUUAUUUAGUAAUAACAUUCAGUUUAUUAAAUUUGGAAUAUUCUGUUUAUGAAUGUUAAGGAUUUUGAUUUCAAUAAAUCAGUUUAAAAUGUUGCAUUUCUAAGUGUAUCCUGUUUGCUUAAUAUUUGUACUGAUUUGAUGAUUUUACAUACCUAAGUGAUACAGAAUUUGUUUGAAAAUUGAUAUUUCUUUACAAUUUCACGAGUGAUCUCUAAAGUGCUAUUUGCACAACAUUGUUUUUUUACGUGUUUAUAUUUACUGCUUGUUUUUUUUAGAAAUUAGUACAAACUGUACUAAUUUCUUACCCUUAUAAUAUUAUCAUUCUUUUCGUACCUUGUACUUUGUUUAAAAGUCUUAUCUCUGUAUAUUUAUUGUACUGCUGGCUGCUAUUGUAAACUAAUAAAAAUGGUUGUAUGCACAACAGGCAAAUUGUGUUAGAUUAAAAAAUUAUUAUUUAGUUGAGAACUUAAUUGUAAUUGAAAACUUGGUAAGACAUACAUAAACAUUUCAUUAUAAUGACUUAUUAUAGAAAUUUAAUUCAAAUGACAAAAAUUUUAAAUCACCAUAGUAUGUAAUAUUUAUUAUUGAUAUAUUAACAUGUAAGUGCAAUUUCAAAAUUCGUGUUAUUGUCUUGUUAUCUUGAAAUGAACAACCUGUGUAAUCUGGCUAAGCCAUUGUUAAUUUAACACUUGUCAAUCAAAGCUUUGUUAUUCAGCAUUACAGUGCCAUAGCCUCCAAUACUUUUAAAAUGUAUUAUAUUUCAUACUCAUUAAUCGUAGCAAUUCUUCACAAAUAGCCUUGUCCAUUAUUCAAGGAGAGUUCUCAUUAUUUAACAUUGAACUGCAUUUAGACCUUUUGAUAAGGAGUAAAAUAAUUGUGCUCUAUAUUAGAUGCAUAGCAUAAUCAAAUGAUACUCUGAAAUAUUAUUAUCAUGUACAAAAACAUCAAUAUGUUUACCAGGAAUAUUAAUUAUUGUAUUAAGAUGUUAGAUAGUAUUUUCAUUGCUUUAUGUAAACCUGAUAUUAAGCAAACAUCACUGCCUAGGGCAUGAGCACAGGUCUGUCUCUGCAUAUGUGUUGUCAACGUGUUUGGAUAAUGGGGACUGGGUUAGGAUUGAUGAUGGUAAUAAAACACUCAUAGGUGUAUUCCCCCGGCCCCAAUUUGUGCAGAAUGAUGCUUGACUUCCAAAUUGAAAAAUUAAUUCCAAUCUUUCAACACAUAAAAAAGGGGUUAUUAAGUAUAAUUCUGGUCGCCUUGUAGAUACUAGCUAAUUCUUAUUUAAUUUUAGAAUUUGUUACAUCACCCUUGAAACUUUUUGUCACAUGGAAAUCUCGCUGUUGAAUUUUUUUUACUUGCAUUUAUAGAAUAGAAUAAUUUUAUCUAAUAUUUUAUUGUGGUAUAUUUAUUUUGUGUGAUAUUAUUCGACACUUCAUGAUGUAAUUUAAAGUUGCUCGUCGUAUCGCAUUCGAAUAAAUAAUAAAAAUAAAAAAAUUUAAUAUAAUUUUUAGGCAAGUUUCGUAAUUUUAAUAAGUUUGUUAUAUUACAUUACAAUAUAUGAUGAAAUGUUAGAUAACUUUAGAAUUAUAGCAUACCAAUUUAAUACUAAUGUUUUGAUAAUUACCAACAUAAUGAAUUCUUGCGUUUGAUUUUGCGCGAGUCUUAAAGAAUUAAUUAGUAAUGAUUUGAUAAUUAAAAACUUACGGAAGAAAAGGUACGUCGGUAUAAAUAAUUUAACAAGGGGCUUUUAGAAUCAAUUAAAAUGUUUUCAAUAUUCUAUAUUUUCAAUAUGCUAUAAAUCUGAAGUAUAUAAUUGGUGUAUGAUUAAGAAUAUUUUAUUUACAUACUUAUAAUUACGCGUCUUUAAAGUCAACAAAAAUCUAUUACUAUUUUUUUUAUUAGAUUUUUGUAGGUACUUUAUAAUACGUAUUUGAAUAAGUUUGCUACUUACUGAUUUAAUGGAAGUAUAUUUUUUUUUUGAAAAUUUUUCCUAAGAAACUUUUUUAUAUACGGACAAGCGGAACGAUUUUCUAGAAAAUAUAUUAAGUACUGUGCUCUAAAAACUAUUAUGAAUUAGUUCCGAAUUUAUAUAUGCUAGUAAUUUUUUACAUUGCAUUUACAAUAUAUUUAUACAUAAACAAAGCAUCAGUAAUAUUAUCUAAGCUAUAAAAUGAUGAGUCUAUUUUAUAUAUUGUUAUGGUGCCUAUUUUAAGACUGAUUAGAAUAAUUUACUUUUCCCUAAGUGCCGAAUUGCUAUUUGUUGUAAGCUAUGUUGGAUUAAAUAAUGCUUGAUAUAUAAUAAAUAUACAUAUUUGUUAACAUAUACCUAGGUACCUAUGCUAUAAUCGUCAUUCAUUCCUCCUGUUUGCAUAUACAUAAAAAAUUACUACUUACUGUUUAUUGCAUCAAAACUAAUCUUUUCAUGGUUUAUUAACAAAUAAUAAAUUGAAAAAUACCUCUAAAAACUUAAUGUUAGUUAAAUUCAGAUGUGAGAUGUCUCCAUUUUUUUAUCCCUUCCUUAAUUUAUUUUAAUCACAUCUCACACUAAAAAAAAAAAACAAUGUGAAUCUUUUGGGCUGGGGAAGUUCGGUAUUUAUCAAGAAGUAAAUUGAUUAUUCCAAUUUUGGGUGUGAGUUCUCAUCUUUUAGUAUUGGUAAUAAGGAAUACAUUUUCGGUGAUUUAAUUUGAUUAUUGAUUGAUUUGUUUCAUCAAAAUCAAAUAUUUUGUGAUAAAACUGUUUCGUUUCCGUUUUUAUCUUUAAGUGUGGUUGUCUUUAAGGGUUGUAAGUGUAUACUUAAUCUUAUUAUUGUAUAGCUGUGAAAGUAUCGAGAUCUAUGCCUAUCAUACAAAAUGCAAAGUCAAUAUACCUAUGUGAAAUUAGUUUUUAGAUAUAUUUAAGAUUUUUUUAUAUAUUACUUUAAACUAUAUAUUUUAUAACGAAUAAUUGUGUGAUCACAAUAUUUAAUUUGGCCAUUUAUAGAAUAUCGAUGCGAGGAGAUAAGUACUUAUAGGUGGACAAAUACGUAACGUAGCGUAUUCUACGUUACGUUACGUAUGUACGUUGUUAAAUUUCUAGUAAAUAUAUCUAUAAUUUUAAGUGAGCUAUUUUAUAAACUACAAAUUUCAAUCAGGAAGGAAUUUCAAUGUCAUUUGUUCGUACGUGGGUAAAUAUAAAGAUUAAAAUUAAGUGCCUUGUUUAAAUACGGCUUUGCGCUGAACUAUUCUACAUUUAGGUAAAACGAAACUCGUUCAAUUAAUAUUUUAUAGAUUAUUAGGAAAAGCUUAAUUAUUAUAUACUAAACGUACAAUAGAUUUUUAUAUGUAAUUAUUAUGCUUAAGUAUUUUUGUAAUAUUUAUC